AUGAAGAACGGAACGGAGCGUGAGUAUUUAUUGAAGGACACGGGGAUUGUGAAGGCGAUGAUGAAGGAGUAUAAAUAUAUGACCAACUGGCCGGAUUACAAUUUUGAUAAAAUGCGGGGAAUUUAUAACAGCAAAUUUCAAGACGUUUGCAACCAAUUGGAAGGAAAACCCGAAUACAUGAAGAAUAAGAAUUGCUUGAAUAUGUUUAGCGUUGCCGACAAUCUAAUGCAAAGGACAGGAAUGAAAGUGGAUGACAAGGUGUGGAAUUACAUAAAAGAUUUGCUUAACAAAAAUAAAGACAAUAUAGAUCUCACGUCAAAUGAGACGACCAGUUACAUUAAUUAUGUCGGAACCAAACUACAACAAGUACUUCUAGAAGAUUUUAAAGAUUUUAAGAAUUCCCAUGAAAAUAAUUAUGAGCUUGCUAAUAUAGCAAUGUUAUUUUAUUUCACACAGAAUAUAGGAAAUAUUAAAAAAUUGAUGAAAUCUCAACAUGAUCCCCUAUUUCCUUCUUGUUGUGAAUUUGUAAAUAAUUGUUUGUAUAUUUAUCGAACAUUUAAGGAUCUUAAGUGUUCGAGUAAUUCAAAUACCAAAUUUAGUCGCAGUACUUUAUGCGUGGAAUUGAAUUCCUUUAUGGAGGAGUACAAGAAUAAGUUGUAUCCAGAUCUCAAGCAUCUGAAAAUUAUCAAAACAAGUGAAGAGAAGCUCAAAGAUGCCUCAGUACAGGACCCCAUAGAUAUCGAACUAAAGUGUCCUUAUAAGACUUCUAAGAUUGAGUUUCUUAGCAAUUGGGUUGGAUACAAUUCUGAUUUGUCCUACGGGGUCAAGUUGGGGUUGAUGUCUUUUUCUGCCCUGUUGAUGUUCGUGGGGUUCUUGAUGCUGUACAAGUUCACCCCGCUGGGAUACUUACUUGGUAGAGAUAAUAAUAGAAGACGACUAGCUUUCAUAAGAUUGAGACGCCGUUAUGACCCAGGACUGAAUGCAGGACUGAACAGCAUGGGAACAGAUUCGGAACAAACGAUAAGCUAUAUACCCUAUUAUCCUAGUGAAGGAGUGAGGGGCAAAGGGCCUUAUGCUUCUGAAAUGUUGGGUAGUGAUAGUACCAUUGGGCCAAUGCCUACUUUGAAUAACGCAUGCUAUGCCUCGUCUCAGACGUUAGGGGGUUCAACACCUGGGGCGUCGGAGGUGGUGGGAGAUUCCAUGUACGCCUCGUCUCAGACGUUAGGAGGUGCGACACCUGGGCCGUCGGAGGUGGUGAGGGGUUCCAUGUACGCCUCGUCUGAGACAUUAGGAGGUUCAACACCUGGGCCGUCGGAGGUGGUGAGGGGUUCCAUGAAGAAAUUUUCCACAAGGACAUCCCCACCCCGUUAUCACACCAGAGACUAUAAAGAAAAGAAGAAGAAGAAACUGUCGCAGGACGGCAUUAUAAAAUAUUGCAAAAACGGUUGUGAUGGCCAAUUUAACACAUACUUUUUGUUAAUGCAUUGA